AGUUUGUUGUCGAUUUUGCCGCUACGUAUUAUGUAACACUGUCAAUGGCAUGGCCUUGCAGCUCUUCAAAGUGCUCUCUACGUGACUUUGGGUAGUCUGUAUUGUUUCUUAAAUAUUGGUAUCUGCAAAAAUGGGUUGCCUAUCAUCGAACCUUAACUUCCAUCCUGCUUUCUAUUCAAAGCAAUAGGUUUACACAUUUCAAUAAGGCUACAUUUCCAAAUGCACCGGUCACAUGCAUCGGUUUGUGCCUAUAGGGAUUUUUAAGUGUGACAGACACGCGGUAAUACCGUUCUACUUUAACUUAUUGACAUGUCAAAAUGUCCCUAAGCGUACUUAUUUUAUCAUUGAUCUGAUCAGCGAAACGCCAACUAAUGGUCCUUGUGGUUAUAAAUAAUUCGUUCGAGCAAAAUUCGUUCGGUAUUCUGUUUAGUUCAGGAUUUAGCGCAGACGACGUCGAUAUCGAACGCAUAAUGCAUUUCAAAUACUGUAUAACGUAACCACUACCAUAGAGAACGACGUUAUCUCGUCACCAUUGUUUAGACAAAAUUCUAAUGUGCGGAGUGCUGAUAGCAAGUUAUCAGUAUGCAGAAGCAUGGUAAAUACUCCCCUAGAUGGUAAUAAAAAAAAAAUGACUCACUGAACAGCAUCAGGUUAGAUAAUAAAUUAUUUAAAAUUGCUUUGUUACGGGUGGACGCUGUGUGGAACUGAAAGCCCGCUCAUUUGUUUAUUCCCAUCCAAGAGGCACAAUGCUGGAAAUGUUCACGCAAUUUCAUAUAGACAAUAAAUCACAAUUACUAGUGAUAGUUCUUUCUAUAAUUCCGAGAAAUAUUUCGGUUCCCUAUGGCGUUGUCAAAGAAAAUGUCCUGUUUGCUAACGGAUUCUAUCACCUAUCUUCUCAUUAGGAAAAGGUCUUGAACACAUUCAUUUUACCAGUUUGUCUAUAGAACAGAUCAGCUUAGCUUGUUGAAUCUGAGCUGCUGGCAUAUCUUCGUUUGCAGAUUUUUAUUUCUGAAUUUUGUUUUCUUCAACCAAUCUUCAUGAGCGGACUUAGUGAAAUGCUAAUACGUUCUGUGGAAACCCAUGUAUCUGAAGUUCUUUAUAACGUCAAUAAGUUCGUAUUGGUUAGGAUCGUUUAAAAUCUUCACGAAACGUAACCAGUGAACCCGACGCUAACCGAUCAUUAAGAGCAACAUCGCUGACUAGGUAAUAGUGAAGCAUACCCUAUAUGUUUAUGCGCAAUAUUGUUUGCGCCAGUAUGUUUCUGCUGUAUUCGACAUAUUGUUUAAUGGUACAUAACUUUGUCCUUAGACUUCAGGUUUCUUUAGACUGACUAACCCUUCAACGCACAUAUGAGUGGUCAACCUGUCUCGAUAAUAAGCUGCGUCGCAAAAGUACAGUGGCUUGCGAAAAUGCUUUAUGGGAAAGGUACAAGUCGUGCUGGGAUUUGUCUCUAGAGUAGUUGUAGUUCGAACAAGCUGCGAUGAGCUGAUCUUGUUCUGUGCCUGAAAUAGUUCAGGCGAGCACGUGAAAUUGGAGGCUUGUUUGUCCUGUAGCGUUGCGUCGGCGAGUUGGGCUUACAAGCUUAAUCCCCGAGCUCCUUUGGUGCGCAAGUAGUUGAAUUCAUUAACAGUACUACUAUGGGGUGCGGUCCUACCGGUGGCAUGUUUAGCAGAAAAAUCCGUUCCAACAGGCGACCUAUUUACGCACUGCUCGAGAGUUAAUUUUAGGCGUUUUAGUUUCUCUUCUUAACCACCGGAUUCCGUAUUAAUUUAGGACACUUGAUAAGGCCUCGACAACGUUACAUGUUGGCAGCCGAUGAGAUAAAGUCACCUAAGUUCCUUUUUUCCCUAGCUCACGGUGCGGACUUUGAAAAACAGGUCUAAGCCGAGCAAUCGUUCCAGUACAAUCACUUUCUCCUUUUAUAAAAUGGAGCUUGCAAAAAACAAACAUUGAUGUACUCUUUUUCCGUAGUUGAGGGAAAUGCACCUUGUAAAAAUAGACGUUACGUGUAGUUCGGCCCGUCAAAAAACCUUAGAACUAGCUAUAACAGUACGUCUUGCGUAAAUAAGUUUCUCAAGUGGGCGCUAUAAAGUCGUGCAGGUAGGUCGUCAAAUGACGAAAUAACGGCGAGGAGCAAUCGUAGAGGCCGACACAAUAGCUCAUUACGGAGUGAAGAAACUACGAUUUCGGACCGUCUAUCGAAUGUCAAGUAUUAGAACUUGACCUCGUUCGCUGUACGACUGUAGGGCUCUCUAGAAGCUAGCAGAUAUCGUCCUUCUCUGAGUGUCCUUUUGAUAUGUAUAUCACUUCAGUACACGUUUCGUGCAACCCCGUAACUAAGGUAUGAUCACAUAAUGCAUUCUGCAUCGCUCGAAGCCAUUUUGCCGCUCAUGGAUUAAUCAAUAGUUUUCGUGUAACAUGGGAAAUAGUAAUAAUACAGUUGGCGGAAAUGAUGAAUACAGGAUGAAGUAUGUAUACUUCAUCCUGAAUUGGGUCAGCAUAGCCAACAUGGUUGCUACCGCUGUCAUUACCAAUUUGUUGAUAAAUAAUUUCGGUCUACCGUAACUUAAAGUAGAGCAUUUGCCAGUGAGCUUGGUGGCAAUAGCUCAAAGAAUAUUUGAGGAACCUGAUUAAGUGCUGCAAGAAGGGAGCGGUAAAAGGGAUUCUUGUCAAGAAAGUGUAUCAUGUUCUCUGGAGAGCUCCUUAACCGAACCCUUUACGUAUAGAGUACACGUAUUCCUUGACCAGCUGUCUAGAAGCUGAAAGCAAAUGUGGAACUGGCCUAAAGGUCGACUGCAGCUAAUUUACGACGUGUAGCAUUGUCAUAGACGAUGGUCAUACACUGUUUCAAUGAAUUAUGGCAAAAACAGUUUGCCAUUCCAUAGAAUUCUCCAAUCGAAAAGCGCACUGUUUUCAUUUACGUUAUCAUUAUUAUUGUUAUUACUACUAUCGAUUAUUUUUAUUCCGUGCCUCUUACGUAUGCCUAAAUGGUAUUAAUUCACCGUAUGAGUUAUGCAGUCCAACAAAGUCUAUUGCAAACAGAGUCCCCGGGGUACAGCGUUUCGAUUAAGCUCUCCGAACUUAGACGUAAUGCUAGAAGUGGUUUUAACAAUAGAAUCUGCCAGACAUCUUGGGCGGCGUAUCCAGCCGUAAGGAGCCCAUGUAUAUGUACUGGAGUAUAGGUCCUGGGAAAGCCAAAAACUGACAAUGGCUGAAAUAUUCGAUAUGUCGACAUGCGCAGACCUGUCUGUAGCGAUUUCGUUGGAGCGUUGGUUGCCAACGCUUCUGAGUGGGUUGUCAAAGCAAGGCCUUCGUUAUACUAAAGGUGUUCAGUACCGUUACCUAAAACAUUAUUGCUAUCAGUAGGAUGAAUCGGCAAACAGCUGUUAAGUCGAUUUAUAGAUGGAAUAAGUACACAUUACGUAGCCCGUAAACGAUGUCCUGAUACGGCAUCCUUAAAUAUGCACGUGGCGAUGGUGGGUUAGUUUACAGCCAUCGCCUUUGUACAGUAAUGCAUAGAUCCACUAUAUAUAGUUGAUUGUGCGUCGGCUUCUGCAAAAUUUGUGCGGCUUAACUGGACUCGAAUUUUCUGGACGCAAAACCAGUUAAUGUCGGCGAGGGAGCAAACACUAAGAAGCAAAAAAAAAAGCUUAUUUAAAUUUGUCAUCGAUUACCGUCUAUUUUUGCGUCACUCAACUAGGGUAUCGAGCUUCCUAUUGUACCUGCAACAUCAACUAACAUAUUGCUGAAUUCGUAUCAAAUUGUAGGAUACCAUAGAGGAUAGGUUAGCUGUUAUCAAUUAAAUCUUUUAUUCUGUGCCAUCGUCAUUGUUUUCAGCUGGCCUUACCGUGUUCGGAAAUGGCAAUGACGUUGAUAUAUCUACAUGUUACAGCUUGAAAAAUUGUAAUUGAGAAGUUGUGAAUGAAUAACCUAGGAAUUAACAGGUGACCAGAGCAUCGCUGUUGGGAGCUUUGUUUGGGCCUUAGUUACGUUCGGCCCAAAAACGAUUUGGUUGUCGCAUAUGUGCUAGUUAAGCGAAAACAUUUUAUUGGUGCAUGGAGGGUUUCGCCGUGCGACGUGGAGGCUGCCGGGGUUCCGGACAACUCGACGCGGCCCUGGCCGAACUGGGUAUGCUUGCCACCGUCACGGACGCCCGUCGAGAGUACCUGCAAGAGGCAUUAAGCGUCCGUGAAAACAACAAAGACAGCGUACACCAUCUUCACUUCAACUCGUCUCUUAUACAUUCGCAUAACGUCCAGCAAGACAACGCCAGCUGGGGACAAUUGGGUCAGGGAAGGAUGCUACGCAGGUUAAUUCGUGACGAGAAACGGAGAUUGCUGAAAGGGCAGGGACAUUUACCUCAAGAGCAACACUCGGGCCAGCAACAACAGCACAGGCUGACAUCGAUCUCGUUGGGUGUCCCACCAUCUUCAUACAAAGGGUGGGACACAGAAAGGACGGUGCCACUCAUAAGUUUAGCUCGAAAGGACGUGAAAUAUUUUCCUCAGAGAACACAUCGGUCGGCAUCCGUUUCCCGAGCAAGGCACCUGUUCAUGCCCUACGAUCGUGGAGCAGGCUACGUACAGCCUCGGCCUUACGCGCUACUUCCGGUUUCGCCCGCCGCAGAUAACCAUUCCGAGUACAGUUUUCACCCGCAUAAUCAAGGCCCUAUUCAUCAUUUACAUCCAACAGUCGGGCUUAAUAGCAGUGAUCAGCAUCAUUCACCAACAUCGUCGCACUUAACGGGUCUACAGCUACCGACGUUACGGCUUCCCAUUGCGGGACCACAGAACAAAUCGAAUCCGCCGUCACCCGUAAAAAGCAAUCCUUUACUGCUUGAUAUUAGAGGUGGAAAUGGCAGUCUUGCUGGGAUUGGUGCCCCACUCGUCCGUUCAAAAAGUCUCGAUAAUAUUGCAUUCUGCCCGCUUACGAGUAUUGUGGAUGAAUCGGCCUACGAAUUAAACGACUACUCGUUGAACAGCUCAGCAUCGAUGACUCGGCAGAUGACGCGGGUGGACACCAUUGUUGAAUCAGUUUCAAGCCGUAUAAGCAGCUUGCAGCUGACCGCGAACUAGUCCAGGCAGAACUUAGAAAGAUACUAAUUAUUAAUCUAGUUGAAGCUACCGAAACGAAUUUGAUUAAUACACAUACGAAAAUUACGUAGCAAGAUAACAGCUUUAAAUAGCCAACUCUCUGAACAAAUCGCUCACGUAAACGCAUCUGAUAUUAUUACCUAACGGCUCAGAUGUGUUUAGCACAGGUGCUUUUUCGGCAAGAUGGACAAUUCUUUCCCGUCUACAGGGUGGAAUUGAUUAACGCUUAAGUAAUUUCCAAGCUACACAUUUCGCCCAGGGCAACUGGAAGUCGCAUGGAAAUUUCUCCUGAUAACACGAGCUUCUGGCGAAGACGGGACUUUGCCAGACAGUCGUUCGUGACGAGUGUUUGCAAAAAACAGAAGAGUGGAACAAUAUACUAACUAAACAUGCUGCUAUUGAAUAGAAUACAUAUAUUCUAUAUGAUUG